CCCUCUCUCCGAUUUCUCAUUCUCAGCACCUACCGACCCGAUUCUUCAUCCCCGAGCUCCAUCUUUCCGCCACCCUGAAGAUCGCGGUGAGCCGGAGGCCGCCAUGGGUGAUCACGGCUCCAAGAUCGAGAUAUCCUUCGCCGGAAGGUUCGCUAGUAGCGCAAUCGCCGCCUCCUUCGCGGAGCUCUGCACUAUCCCUCUUGACACUGCAAAAGUGAGACUUCAGCUGCAGAAGAAAGCUGCUACAGAUGCUAUGGCCAUGCCAAAGUACAGCGGAAUGCUGGGCACUGUUGCGACUAUCGCACGGGAGGAAGGAAUGACGGCACUUUGGAAAGGUAUCGUACCUGGGCUGCACCGCCAAUGUGUUUUUGGAGGGCUGCGGAUUGGGAUGUAUGAACCUGUUAAAUCUUUCUAUGUUGGUGAAAAUUUUGUGGGAGAUAUUCCUUUGUCCAAGAAAAUUCUUGCCGGGCUUACUACUGGUGCAUUGGCGAUAACAGUGGCAAAUCCAACUGAUCUUGUAAAAGUACGGCUUCAAGCUGAAGGGAAACUUCCACCUGGUGUGCCAAGACGUUAUUCAGGAGCUCUGAAUGCUUACUCCACAAUAGUCAGACAGGAAGGAGUUGGGGCGCUCUGGACUGGUCUUGGUCCUAAUGUUGCACGGAAUGCUAUCAUAAAUGCUGCCGAGUUGGCUAGUUAUGAUCAAGUCAAACAGACAAUUCUGAAAAUCCCUGGAUUCACAGAUAACGUCUUUACUCAUCUUUUAUCUGGCUUGGGUGCUGGUUUCUUUGCUGUUUGUAUUGGUUCUCCCGUUGAUGUGGUGAAGUCAAGAAUGAUGGGAGAUUCAGCCUAUAAAAGCACACUCGAUUGUUUUGUCAAGACGAUGAAAAAUGAAGGACCUUUGGCCUUUUAUAAAGGAUUUAUUCCAAAUUUUGGUCGUCUUGGAUCAUGGAAUGUGAUUAUGUUCUUGACAUUGGAGCAGGUCAAGAAGUUAUUUGCAAGAGAAGUGCCAUCUUAACAUUUUCACAUAAUUCUCUGGUUUCUGUGCAAUGAUAAUAAGGCUUCUUCUUGAGGCAAUUUUUGUAAAUUAAUGGGGUCUUGAGAAGAAAAUUCAUGGUCUUCCAAGAAGCUCCAUCAAAAUGCAAAAUGAUCCUCGGAAUUAAUCUCUCUUCUUUUGGAGAAUGAUAAUUUCAGUAAUUUUUACCUAGUUAAUAUUUUCUAAUAAAACGAGUUCCUGUGCAAACUACCAGGCAAAUCGUUUGUUGCAAACUGAUCCCAUAUCAUUUAAUCCUAAUACUUUGUUAAUCGUUUACUCAUGAUGUGUAUGUUCGGAACUGCUUUUUUGAGUAUGAGGUUGGAUGAAGCUUCAUGUGGCAGAUGAUU